GCGCAGGGCGGGUACUAGGCCAGGGGUGGAGGCUGCUGUUGCCCUAGCAACAGCUACGGAUACCGGAGGCGGGCGCGGCCGCGGAGGGAUCGGCUUCUGAGAUCUCUCGCUGCUUAGAAGGUGCUGGGAGAGGCGGGAGCCAGGCCUGGGAAGUCGGCGCCCUCGGAGAGAGGGACAGGGCCAUGGCUGAGGUGCACGUGAUUGGGCAGAUCGUGGGGGCCACUGGUUUCUCAGAAAGUAGCCUCUUCUGCAAGUGGGGCAUCCACACAGGGGCGGCAUGGAAGCUACUGUCGGGCGUGCGGGAGGGCCAGACGCAGGUGGACACCCCCCAGCUGGGGGACACGGCCUACUGGUCCCACCCCAUCGACCUGCACUUUGCCACCAAAGGCCUCCAAGGCUGGCCCCGGCUCCAUCUCCAGGUGUGGUCCCAGGACAGCUUCGGUCGCUGCCAGCUUGCUGGCUAUGGCUUUUGCCAUGUGCCCAGCAGCCCCGGCACCCACCAACUGGACUGCCCCACAUGGCGGCCCCUGGGCAGCUGGCGGGAGCAGCUGGCGCGGGCCUUCGUGGGUGGCGGACCACAGCUGCUGCAUGGGGACACCAUCUACAGCGGGGCUGAUCGCUACCGCCUGCACACGGCUGCUGGCGGCACAGUGCACCUCCAGCUUGGCCUGCUGCUGCGCCACUUCGACCGCUACGGAGUUGAGUGCUGAGGGACUCCGCCUGCAACAUCUGGCCCCCACCCACGAUCGACGCCUGAUGAGGGACGGGACGGUACAGUGGCCAGGAGCUUGGGAUCUGGUGUCGACUGGAACUGACUCCAGCCAAGGCAUGGUGUAGCUACUUCAAGCCAGUGAUUGUGCCUCUUGGCCCCAGUUUUCCUAUCUGUAAAAUGGGGGUCGCGAGGGCGGGGGUCAUGGGGCUUGCGUGAGAAGGGGCUGCGUAGCACAUGGGAGAUGCACAAUAAAGGAGCGAUUCUUACAGGUGUACCUGCCUUCUUGACUUGAUCUGA